CUGCGGCAUAACGUGACGCGGCGCGCCACGGAAUUGACCUCAGGGCUACCUGUGCACGGAGCGGUCGAUUUUUGAAGGAUAAUCUACCCUCGGCGGAGUUUGGACAACUGAGCGCUCUUACAACCGGUUGGUUUGUAUCGAUCAUUGCAUCUGUAACCGUGGCCUGUUUGGACCUGUGUGAAUUCUCGUGCACUUUUGAUAGGUCGUAUAAGCCCUAAAAUCCUAGUCUGUUUCCUCGGCGGUUUGUCGAUAACUGUUUAAUUCCUCUUGAUCACUGAAACAAAAACGGUGAAAUUUGUCCCGUAUUUUCUUACCCUUGUCCACAUAAAAUAGUUUUCACAAGCCCCAAAACCGAGUGACCAAUCAGUAAAAAUGCUCGUUACCUCAGUUAAAACAAGAAACUCAAAGAAGAGACAGGAAGCCAUUGCAAUGCUGGCAAAACAUCCUGCUUAUAACCAAUCCGUCAGCACGGAAAAAAUUAAAGGCUCAUCAUCUAAGAUAAAAAUAAAGCCGAAGUUGCGCGAAAGAGUAGAAAAGCAAUCAAAUGAUAGUUCUCAUAAGGUCUCUCUGAUAGAGCACAGCGCAGUUACUGCAGAAUCGCCCAUUAAAGCGAUUGAAACGAUUGCUGCGCUUGAAUUACAGCUGAAGGAUUUGAAGGAAAGGUUUGAAUCUCUGUACCAAGUGCUAGAGCAAUUUAACUCGAUUAAGUAUCUUUUUAAUACUCCAGAUACACCAAAAAUCGAACACCUUCGAUCCGUUGGGAAUCUUAUACAACAUGUUGCAUUUGAGGUGCAUGAUCGCAUUAAACGCUCCAAAAAUGUUAUAGCAUUUAAUUUACCAGAAAAGUUAUCUCUUGAGUCUAUCUCCUCUGCAGUGGCAAACGACUGUCAUAUUGAAAGACGGCAGUUUUCUUGUGUGAGGCUGCGAAAGAAAUCUCCGAAGCAGGUCUGUCCAGUACUCUUUAAAUUUUCAAACGACACACUUGCUGAAAAAUUCAUUUGUAGUAGGAGCGCACUAUCCCUUAGGAAAGAUUACGUAUCCAUGGUCCUGAAACCAGAUUUAACAGUACUACAAAGGGAGUGCAAAAAAGCCUAUUUCCGACAAACAGUCUGUGACCAGUAUGUUCCGCCACCCACGGAAACUCAGGAACUUCCCCACCUGGUUGACCUAGAUGACACUCUGAUCAUAAAUGAAUCAGCUCUUAGGUUGAAAUCAGAUAGCAACUGUCAUAAAAAUAUCGCUUCUGACUCCAUUCAGUGUCACAUUAGUCCAGCAUUACCGCGCAACUCGUCCCCGAACAUACAAGAAAGUUCCAUUGCGCAAACGACUAUUUCUACUCACUCUUUGUCGUUCACCAACCAGGUGCAUAGACGCUCUGGUACGAAACUGAAAACCUCCUCUCCUAAAAGCUGCGAACCUUUAAAACUGCGGAACAGCCCUGUUGCAAAGAACACUGGUAGCAAAACCUCACGUGGAAUCUACACGGGUGCUCCUAAACACAAUAAAAACACGGCUAUUUUAAACAUUCCACCAAACGCUGUCACCACUGAAAACCAGCAGACAAUCGGCAUAUCUCCAACCAUGCAGCAUUUGAAUAUGCGACCUGUGUGCUCCAUAACUUGUGAGCCACUUGUUAGGGAACUUAAAGUAGCUGAGAGAAAUUGGCCCAACCAAAAUCCUCUCAAACUACCUCAACAUGUAAAUAACCUUAACUGGCACGUAGGUUAUGUGCAACAGCCAGAAAAUUGUAAUCUCCCAGUGGGUCGCCAUUUUCCCAGUAUUUCACCCUUCCAACCUUUUUUGGGGGUCCAGUGGCGUUCUACCCGCCACACCCCCAAAUGACACUAAUUCCGCAAAUUAUAUGUCCUCCGUAUCCACCACCCCCACUCCACUCUCUCCAAAUACCACCUCGUUGGGGUCCUGUACCUGGAUUCCUGUAGACAACCCAACGGACAACAAGACACUGCACUUACUUUUAAUUAAUUCCCGUUCACUGUUAAAUAAAAUGCACUUCCUGCGUAAUAUCCUUCACCUUUCUUCUCCUGAUAUAGUACUAAUUACAGAAACAUGGUGUUCAGCAGAGAUGUCUGACACAUUGUUCAGGAUACUGGGUUAUAACAUCUUUCGUAAUGACCGUCUUUAUGGUAGAGGUGGUGGCUGUAUAAUCUACGUCAAAGACAAAUACUUGGUUCUGCCUCUGAAUGAACCAUUCCUCCAGAGACUUCCUGAUUCGGUGUGGAUUACAAUUUCUAUUAAUCCAACAAAUCUCUUAGUAGGUUGUAUUUACAGACCCCCAUCUUCUACACUCACCGUGACCGAUGACUUGUUGGACACUUUCUCUCUUAUUGCUGACCUCUCAUACACUAACAAAAUAAUCGCUGGGGAUUUUAAUAUGCCCGAAAUCCCGUGGUCCCUUAACAAUAAACCACAAAAACACAAUCCUUUUAUGUCUACUCUUGAUCGACUGGGAUGGGUACAGCACGUCACAGAACCUACACGACUUGGAAACACACUUGAUCUAAUAUUUACGAUGGGAUGUUCGCAUGUGUCCACAUACAUCAGUGAUAAGUUGCCGGGUAGUGAUCAUAACAUUGUUGGUUGUUCUUUCCAAAUUCUUUCUAAACCGACAGAAUCAGUGAUAAAUUAUCGCCCAUUCUCUUCUGUGAAUUGGUCAAUUUUCUCGGAUCUUAUAAGGUCUUCAUAUUGGGAUCCAUUCUUCUUAGCACAGAAUGUACAAAUUGCUUGUAAUGAAUUCUACCACCGCAUUCAGCUUUGUGUUGAAGCUGUGGCUCCAGAACGUACUAAGAAGUUGAAAAGGACUGCUGCUCCUGCAGGUAUCUCAAAAAAGGUAGCCACUAAACUUUAUAAAAUAAAGAAAAAAUUUAGGAAAACUAAUGAUUUUACUCUGCUGAUGCUCCACACCAGAUUGCUUACAGCGUUAUACCAAGACCACCACAAAAUGCUAUGCUCUGAGGAAGUAAUGGCACUGAAGGGCGCAAAUGUGGUAGGCUGCAUCUCAAAACUUUUGGACCGUAGGCAGAAUAGAAAAUCAAGUUGUAUAAACACCAUUGUAAACUCUGAUGGAACUGCCAUAACCGACGGUGCAAUCAUAUGUUCGAUCUUCAAUGACUACUUUAUGUCUACUUAUGGCGCUAAUGCGAAAGAUGAUCCUCAGCUCAAGCUGAUACACAGAGGGAGUAAUACACUCCAAACUGUUGAAUUUACACUUAGUGACAUAUGUCGCCAACUCAGAUUAGUUCGGCCAUCAUGCUCACCAGGCCCUGACAACAUCCCUCCAAUACUGGUAAAGCACGGAGGUCCAGACAUCCCCCUGUUUUUGCUUAAUGUAUUUACACUUUCCAUGCUCAAUGGGGAGUAUCCUAUACACUGGAAACAAUCAACUAUAAUACCAAGGCACAAAAGCGGAUCUAUGCAAGAUGUAAAAAAUUACCGCCCAAUCCACCACACAUCUAUUAUUUCCAGAAUCAUGGAGAGGAUAGUUAAAGAACGCAUAAUAGAAUAUUUGAGUUCUAUGAGCCUUCUCAGUAAACAUCAACACGGUUUUUUGAAAGGUAGGUCGUGCACUACCUGCCAGUUAGAUUACCUUGAUUAUGUGACUAGAGCAAGAGACGCCGGAAGUGCUAUCAUCGUAAUAUUUCUUGAUAUCCAAAAGGCUUUUGACCGUGUCCCACACAAUUUAUUGCUGCUGAAGCUUAUGUCCUAUGGUAUCACUAAUUCGCUUCUAGACUGGUUGUCUUCCUACCUCGAGGGUAGAAAGCAAGUAGUCAAAAUCGGUAACUAUACAUCUGAAGCCACUACAAUCUCUAGUGGAGUGAUUCAAGGUAGCGUGCUAGGCCCGCUUUUAUUCUUAAUCUAUUUCAACGAUCUCCUCGACGAAAUCUCGUAUGGAAAGCCGUACCUUUUCGCAGAUGAUGUUAAAAUUGUGUAUUGUUCCACCCCUGGGCAACGUAGUCCUAACUUAGCCUAUAUUCAGUCUGACUUGUCCGCAUUGGAGCUCUGGAGUAACUCCUGGAAGCUGCACUUUGCCACGGACAAGAGUAAUCUAUUGUACUACGGCUGUGGCCCUUCUCUAAACAUCCUUACAUUAAACGAUACCCCUAUUCCUGUGUGUGGCGCAGUCCGAGACCUUGGUCUAAGAUAUUCUGCCUCAUUUAACUUUUUAGAGCAUGUUAUAUUCUUGCAGGCUUCUGCCAGAAAAGUGAUCGCCUAUAUAAGUCGAACUCUUAUUUUGAGGGAUUCCAGGCUUCAAGCCUUUAAAAUAUGUGUUAGGCCGAAACUUGAGUACUGUACGAUAGUGCAUAGUAAUCUGAGAAAAGUGGAUAUUAUAGCACUAGAAAACAUUCAACGAUCAUUCACAAAAAGGUUUCUGAACAUGCCUAAUACUAUGACAUACCGUGAGCGUUGCGAGGCGCUAAAUCUGGAGCCGCUAUGGCUACGCAGACUCAAACUUAAUCUGUGCCUUUUAUACCGCUUACUAUUCGGAUUGACCUUCACUGCUCAGCCACAACUCGAGUUUCAGACUCGUAUGCGCUAUGAACUAAGAAACAGCGAGCGCACAGUGAAAAUACCAAAGUCUCGCACAAUGCUCCGCUCAAAAUUUUUCUCUGUAAAAUACGCGUUAAUAUGGAACAAACUUCCAUCGAGUGUUAGAAACUGCACUACCUAUGCACAAUUCAGACGCAUGAUUAAUAUUCACCUGACUGUUGCAAACAUCUGGUCAACACUAAGCCAAACGGUGACUCUAGAUGAUUUGUAUGAGAAAGGUCCUGGAUACGUAUGAAAGUCACCAUAUCCUCUAUUCGUUUCAAUAAUAUAA